AUGCCAGUGAUAUCCAGACCUCAAGCUCCAUCAAAUAGCAGUUCAAUAGCCCAAGCAAUCUGUCACUUCAUAAACAAUGCUCAUACAAACAUCGGCAUAAAAUUGGAAUCGCCCAAUGGCGAAUUUAUCAACAAUAUACUCUCACAACUUUCCCAAACAUCAUUGCUCGAAAAAUCUCAAUAUGUGUUAUCGACACAGAAAAGAGAGCUCACAGUGGAGGAAGGAGGCCCAGACACAAAGAAUGUCAAAUAUGUCAUUGCAGCAGUGGUUGUCCCAUUUGGGUUGAUCUUUUUAGCCAUUUUCAUAUGCGUGAUGAGAUGUCGGUCACAAGGAAAGAAAGCAAGAAUGGCAAUCGAAGCAGCCGAGAAAGAAAAGAACAAUGAAAACAAUAUAUUUGGUAUUAUUAGAGAUGAUUUUGCUUCGAAUUUGAAAAUUAGUCAUACUUUGAAAAGAAGUGGCGAUGGGGAAAAUGGUGGUAUUGGUACCAAUAUUGAAAUUAAAUUGGUUCCUAAAAAUGACGAGGCCAAUGGGUACUUCCUGAGUAAAAAGAAUAAGAUUUUGGAUGAUAUUGCCAAAAGCGACUCUGCCAACCUAUUUGAGGAAUUGAGAAAUAAUAACUACUUCAAUAAUUAUCUUGAUAUCACACAAAGAAAAAGUACCAGAGUGUCUGUGCUAAGUAAUGAAAUUACUAAUAGUCAAAUAAUACAGCCAGGUAGUAGUAUGAAGAAAAGAAUGAGCGAAGAAAUGAUUAUUGUUAAUGAGAUGGAGGAAAUUGACCUUUCUGAUUCAAAUUUAAAUGGCUCAAGAGAAUUAUAUGGGCCCGCAUCAAAAAAUUUGAAGAAACGGGCCCCCCAAUAUUCCGUCAUCAUGAAAUCUGAAGAUCUCAAAAGUGGUAGGUCCAGCUCGAUUCUCUCUUCCAGCAAUGAUGAAUUUUAUACUCCCAAUGAAGGUUCUCCAAAUUCUAAUAAUGAUACAGUCUCAAAAAUCCAAGUUAAAGAAGCUAAGGUUGAUGACGCUGGUAAAAUGGGGAAGGCUACAGAAGCUAACCUUCCUUCUCAAAAUGUCACUCAAAUAAAUACCAAGAACACCCUACUACACCGGAAAUUGAUUGAUGCACAAAAGGAAUGCAUUUAUGAAUUUGAUGAAGAAGAGGAUGAAGGUAUUAACGGCAAUGAAGAACAGGAUAUUGUCACCAAUGAAAUUCCGUCAAUUCCGAAACUUUACAAGAGACCAAUUACUGCUUCUAUAUACUCCAAUGACACUAUGACUUCCAAUGAUACCAACCAAAAUUCAGUGAUUACAAACGUCACCAAGAGUACUUUGGCUACCACGAUGGUAUCCCUGCCUGUUAUGCGUUCUGGCUCAACUGGGAAUUAUCUCCAAAGAAUUAUCGAAAGCGACUCAUUGAAGAAUAAGGACUCUCAAGCACACAUCAUCUUAGAAGAAGAUGACGAUGACACUGAUAAAUCUUCCCAUGACAACAAUAACCCUCAGAAAAACUUCAAAUACAUUUCACCGCCAUCCAAACCUGUCCUUAUCAAAGAGAAUGUUACCGAAGAUCUCUCCAGACCAGAGCAGACUUCUGUUGAUGAAGAGUUGUUGCAGAAGAAGAGAUCCUCAGAUUUGAUUGAUUCUGAAGAAGCAAAUGGAGUCGAUUUUCCACAACCAAAUGCUGCAGCUUUACAAGCCGAAGAAGAAAAGAGAGACUCUUAUUUGGUAAGACUCAGUCGCAGCAAUUUUGGGUCUCCAAACUCAAAAGGUGAAAAUGGCGCUGGCGCCAUCUACUAUGACAAAUACCUUGAGGAAUCAGACUCUGAUGAUUCAGAUUAUGAGGUUGAUAGAAAUGACUUGGUUAGAUUAAGUGUUAAUCUUGAUACUGGAUCGGGCUCUGAUUCUAGUUUUGCUGGAUUUGGAUCUAGUAGAAGCAGAUAUGCUAGAAGUCCAGGUUUGGAAGACUUGAAAGAGUUAGAAGAGCCAAUUGGUUCCCCAAAGCCAAAUUAUCAGUUGAAUUCUAUCAGUUCUGUUCUUAACAAGAGCUCGGAGGAUCUUGAUGAUUCUAUUGGAAGUGAGAAAAAACCAGCUCGCAAGUUUUUGGAAGAGGGCAAACGAGACUCUACCGUUACUGAUGCUGAUGAAACUAACAAGGUAAUUGAUGAUCAACUAACUGAUACAAUCAAAGAUAUAAACAGUUUCUUGAAAGAAAAUGGUGUUUACACUAGCCCGGUAAUUAUUGACACAGGUAAUGUUGUGCUCGGAGGUCUUGUUAUUUCAAGUGAUGCUACUACCGGGAUCACCAAUAUCAAUGGGAAGAAUUUCUCCACCGAGGAUUUGAACAAGCAUUUGUCCAACGAUUCCUCUGUCAACAUCUUAUUGAGAAAUGCUGUCAGUAAUAACUGUUCUCCAGCAAUAUGCAAUAGUAGUAUUAUUUCACCACAGAUUGAUUCUAAAUUGAAUAGUCCUGCCUUUGGUAUCAAUAAUUCUGCGAGCUCAUCGAACUACGAUUUAGCCAGAAGGUCUCUUCAAUCUAAUAAGCAAUUAUCUCCAAUUGCAGGGAGCAUUUUGAACUCUCCUUCAUUGAAUCAUCCAAGAUUACACAGUCCAACCAUGAUUGGUACCGCAAUGAGCAAUAAAACUAGUGCCAAUAUCACUGAUGUGUUGGCCAAAACUACUCAUUCUCCACAGUUCAUGAAGAAUUCUCAACUGACAAGAACUCCAACCCAGUUUGAAAUCAUAAACUCGCCAAACAUUCCAAAGAGAAGCUCGAAACGCUCUGCCACCACCAUAUACACCCUUCAAUUUCAAAAUGAAGAACAACCUGGCAUUGCUGGCAUUAAUGCCCCAGUUCUUACUAUGGGCGACAACAAUUACAUUGCACCAUUGUCCCCUAACCACUCACCUGAUCCUGAAUUCAAUCUGUCAUCUUCUAACAGUUCCAAAAGUCAGGCUAGGUCAUCUAAAGCACUUGGUAUCAAUCUCAAGCUAAGACAAAAAUUGUCCUCACCAUCCAUUGGAAUCAAUCACAUUGAUGAAACCAGGACCCCAGAACAAAUUAUAAGGGAUAAGUUUUAUGAUUCAGAAGAAAGUUACAGCCAUACCUUUGAUGAUGACGAGAAUCAUCAGAACAAAUACUCAAAAAAUCAAUCUAGAAGGUCUAGUGGUUUUGUGAAUCCAUAUACAAACAUGGUUUAG